UGGGUCCCAGCUAACCCGAUCCUCCCCUCCCUCAUCCCCUAGACCAGGAGUCUGGCCCUCCAUUGAAAGGACCCCAGGUUACAUCAUCCAUUCAGGCUGCCCUUGCCACGAUGGAAUUCUGUAGCUCCUGCCAAGUGGGUCAAAUAUCAUGGUUCAGGCGCAGGGAGGGUGAUUGGGCGGGCCUGUCUGGGUAUAAAUUCUGGAGCUUCUGCAUCUAUCCCAAAAAACAGGGGUGUUCUGUCAGCUGAGGAUCCAGCCGAAAGAGGACCCAGGCACUCAGGCCACCUGAGUCUACUCACCUGGACAACCGGAAUCUGGCACCAAUUCUAAACCACUCAGCUUCUCCGAGCUCACACCCCGGAGAUCACCUGAGGACCCGAGCCAUUGAUGGACUCGGACGAGACCGGGUUCGAGCACUCAGGACUGUGGGUUUCUGUGCUGGCUGGUCUUCUGCUGGGAGCCUGCCAGGCACACCCCAUCCCUGACUCCAGUCCUCUCCUGCAAUUCGGGGGCCAAGUCCGGCAGCGGUACCUCUACACAGAUGAUGCCCAGCAGACAGAAGCCCACCUGGAGAUCAGGGAGGAUGGGACGGUGGGGGGCGCUGCUGACCAGAGCCCUGAAAGUCUCCUGCAGCUGAAAGCCUUGAAGCCGGGAGUUAUUCAAAUCUUGGGAGUCAAGACAUCCAGGUUCCUGUGCCAGAGGCCAGAUGGGGCCCUGUAUGGAUCGCUCCACUUUGACCCUGAGGCCUGCAGCUUCCGGGAGCUGCUUCUUGAGGACGGAUACAAUGUUUACCAGUCCGAGGCCCACGGCCUCCCGCUGCACCUGCCGGGGAACAAGUCCCCACACCGGGACCCUGCACCCCGAGGACCAGCUCGCUUCCUGCCACUACCAGGCCUGCCCCCCGCACCCCCGGAGCCACCCGGAAUCCUGGCCCCCCAGCCCCCCGAUGUGGGCUCCUCGGACCCUCUGAGCAUGGUGGGACCUUCCCAGGGCCGAAGCCCCAGCUACGCUUCCUGAAGCCAGAGGCUGUUUACUAUGACAUCUCCUCUUUAUUUAUUAGGUUAUUUAUCUUAUUUAUUUUUUUAUUUUUCUUACUUGAGAUAAUAAAGAGUUCCAGAGGAGGAUAA